AUGGCUUCAAACAAGAUUGCUCUGGAGGACCUGACGGCCGAACAAGAGGCCGACCGCUUGCUGGCGGAGGAGGACGCGGCGGGACAAGGAUUGGGCGGGAAGUCCGGGACCAGGGCGAACGACGACGCGUUCAAGGCGGACUUGCAGGACCUCGAGGAGUCGGAGAGUCUGCCACAGCCCGUCACGAGCAACCAGACGACCGCGGUCAAGAAGAUUCACCCUGCACCCAUCAUUGCGAUCUGGAUCGCCCUGAGCAGCUCCGUCAUUCUCUUCAAUGCCUGGAUCCUCGGCGACGACCCUGGAGACCUCAACUUCCGGUUCCCCAUCUUCCUCACGACAACCCACCUGGCCUAUGCGACUGUCGGCACCCGCCUGAUGCGGAGGUUCACGCAUCUCCUCGACGGCCUCGACAACGUCGAGAUGACCUGGGAUCGGUGGUACAAGAACAUCGUCCCGAUCGGCGGUCUCUUCUCGGCGUCGCUCAUCUUCUCCAACCUCGCGUACCUCACCCUCACCGUCUCAUUCAUCCAGAUGCUCAAGGCGUUUACCUCGGUCGCCGUCAUGGGCAUGUCGGUCCUGAUGGGCCUCGAGCGGUUCAACCAGCGCACAGCGACGAUCGUCGUCGCCAUCUCGGCAGGCGUCGCGCUCGCCUCGUACGGCGAGCUCAACUUUGUCUUCUCGGGCUUCAUCUUCCAGUGCUUCGGCAUCCUCUUCGAGGCGACCCGCCUCGUCGCGAUUCAGAAGCUGCUGAGCGGUCUUCGAAUGGACCCGCUCGUCUCGCUCUACUACUACGCCCCCGUCUGCGCCGCCUUCAACUCCCUCCUCAUCCCCAUCUUCGAAGGCUGGGCCCCCUUCGAGCAGGUCCUCCCCCGAGUCGGCGCCUUCACCCUCUUCCUCAACUGUAACGUCGCACUCCUCCUCAACAUCUCGGUCGUGUUCCUCAUCGGAUGCGCGAGUUCGCUCGUGUUGACCCUUUCUGGCGUCUUGAAGGACAUCCUCCUCGUCGUUGGCUCCGUCGUCCUCUUCGGUUCAACCGUCACUUUCCUCCAAAUGUUUGGCUACGGGAUCGCCCUCCUCGGCUUGUUCGUGUUCAAGACUCCAGAGGACGUCAUGGCGGCUUAUGUCGCGCAGGCCAAGCGACUUGUUGGGCGAUGA